AUGAACGCCACAGAUGUUGCCGACACCACGCUGGAUGAAAGCGCCUAUAACAGUUACUACCACUACGAGAACAUACCCCAGCCCUGCACCAAGGGAGGGAUCAAGGCAUUUGGGGAGCUCUUCCUGCCCCCACUUUACUCCCUGGUCUUUCUGUUGGGGCUGUUUGGGAAUUCCGUGGUGGUCCUGGUCCUGUUCAAAUACAAGCGGCUCAGGUCCAUGACCGACGUCUACCUGCUCAAUCUGGCCAUCUCAGACUUGCUCUUUGUACUCUCCCUCCCGUUCUGGGGUUACUACGCGGCAGACCAGUGGGUCUUUGGACUAGGUCUGUGCAAGGUGAUUUCCUGGAUGUACCUGGCGGGUUUCUACAGCGGGAUCUUCUUCAUCAUGCUCAUGAGCAUCGACAGGUACCUGGCCAUCGUUCACGCCGUGUUUGCCUUGAAAGCCAGGACCCUGACCUACGGGGUCAUCACCAGCUUGGCCACGUGGACAGUGGCCGUGUUGGCGUCCCUCCCCGGCCUCUUGUUCAGCACUUCUUACGCCGAGCACAACCGCACCUACUGCAAGACCAAGUACUCUGUGAACUCCACGACCUGGAAGGUUCUGAGCGCCCUGGAGAUCAACGUCCUGGGGCUGGUGAUCCCCUUGGGCAUCAUGCUCUUCUGCUACUCCAUGAUCAUCCGGACCCUGUGGCGCUGCAAAAACGAGAAGAAGAACAAGGCGGUGAAGAUGAUCUUCGCCGUGGUGGCCCUCUUCCUGGGCUUCUGGACCCCGUACAAUGUGGUGCUCUUCCUGGAGACCCUGGUGGAGCUUGAAGUCCUUCAAGACUGUGCCCUGGAGAAGUCGCUGGACUACGCCAUCCAGGCCACUGAAACCCUGGCUUUUGUUCACUGCUGCCUCAACCCCGUCAUCUACUUUUUCCUGGGGGAGAAAUUUCGCAAGUACAUCACCCAGCUCUUCAGAACCUGCCGGGGUCCCCUCCUGCUCUGCCAGGGCUGCGACGUCUUACAGCUUCACCCCGCUGACGCUUCCAGCUCCUCUUACACGCAGUCCACCGUGGAUCACGAGCUGCGCGAUGCUUUGUAAGACGCAGAGACACGGAGCUAACAAGCUUCCAGAACUUUCUCACGUUGUGUUUCAGUAAGAGUGCCCUGAGCGCAUGUCAGGAGAAAAGUGGACUUCUGUAUUGGG